GGAAACUUGGACCUAGCCGGUGGUCAUUCGGUGCACUCUCCAAAUCCUCUUAAAGAGUUGCCACUCACUGACCUGAACUGCAAGUCUACGCCUACUUCAUUCGUGGAAACGCAAUAAGUAAAAUAUCAUCAGUUCCGGUAUAGCGAAAUGUUGCCAACUGCUUCACCUCCGUCACCUCCCCCGUCACCUCCUUCCUCCCCUCCGACAGCCGAGACAGCAGUCCCGGAAGAUCACAAUAUUAUCUACCCUGCACCACCACAAAACAGAGGCACUGCCCCAUUCCAAGUGUUGGCUAUUCUUUUUGACAAGCUUCAGCAUGAACGCAAGCCAGAGAAAAGGAGGAGACUGCUUGAUUCAUGGUUCAAUCAUUGGAGAGGGGAGAAGGGAUACGAUCUUUACCCUGUACUGCGACUUAUUCUCCCUCAAAAAGACCGCGAACGGGCGGUAUAUGGCCUGAAGGAGAAGUUCCUCGCGAAGACAUUCAUUAAGUUGAUUCCGCUCGGCACAAGAGAUCCUGACGCUAUUCGACUGCUCAACUGGAAGAAGCCUACAGAGAGAAAUAAGUCCUCAGGUGACUUCCCGACCGUCCUCUACGAAGUUAUCAGCAAACGAUCAUCCGUGAUUGAGGGAUCUCUGACUAUUGACGAGCUCAAUGACCUUCUUGACGAACUCGCACAAAACAUAGGAAAACAUGAUGUCCAGGCAAGAAUAAUGCAGCGCAUAUACAACCGUACCACACCCGAAGAGCAAUGCUGGAUUGUCCGCAUCAUCCUGAAAGACAUGCAGAUCUCGGUGAAAGAAACUACCGUGUUCUCUGUAUUCCAUCCCGAUGCACACGACCUAUUCAAUACAUGCUCCGACUUGAAAAAGAUUGCGUGGGAGCUCUGGGAUCCCAAACGCAGACUCAAUGAAGAGGAUAAGGCCGUUCAGUUGUUCCGCGCGUUCGCCCCAAUGCUGUGCAAACGGCCUACACGUAAGAUCGAGGACUCCGUCAAGGAGAUGCAGGGCCGCACCUUCAUCAUGGAGGAGAAGCUGGAUGGGGAGCGCAUGCAACUGCACAAGCGCGGCAACGAGUACUUCUAUUGCUCCAGGAAGGGCAAAGAUUACACCUACCUGUAUGGGAAGCACGUCGGAACCGGCAGUCUGACGCCGUAUCUACACAAUGCAUUUGACCCUCGGGUAGACGAAAUAAUCCUAGAUGGGGAGAUGCUCGUUUGGGAUCCGGUUUCAGAGCGAAACCUCCCUUUCGGGUCGUUGAAGACGGCUGCUCUCGACAAAUCGAAGAAGGAACACAACCCACGUCCUUGCUUCAAAGUGUUCGACAUACUGUUUCUCAAUGGCGUGUCCCUCCUACACAAGUCCCUCAAAUACCGCAAGCGCAACCUAAAAUCCUGCCUGCAGGAGGUGCCGGGCCGUGUAGAGUAUGUCAAGGAAUAUGAGGGUCGCACGGCGAAGGACGUGCGCGAGCGCAUGGACGAGAUUAUGGCCAAUCGCGGCGAAGGGCUCAUUCUCAAGCAUCCGGACUCGGAGUAUGUGCUGAAUGGACGUAAUAGGGAUUGGAUCAAGGUGAAGCCAGAGUAUAUGGACAACAUGGGCGAAACGGUCGAUGUGCUAGUCGUCUCGGGGAAUUAUGGUACCGGUCGGCGCGCGGGCGGCGUCUCCACCUUCGUGUGUGCUGUGUUGGAUGACCGUCGCCCCAACGACGAAGAUGAGCCCAAGUACAGCACCCUGGUCCGCGUCGGCACGGGUCUGUCAUACGCUGACUAUGUUUGGGUACGGUCGCUGCCGUGGAAAGAAUGGAAUCCGAAGGAUCCUCCGAGCUUCAUUGAGGUCUCAUCGAAGGGUGCAGAGGACAAGGGCGACGUGUACAUCGAGCCACAGGACUCGUUCAUUUUGAAAGUCAAGGCGGCAGAGAUCGUCUCCUCCGAUUUGUAUCAUAUGGGUGUGACCAUGCGUUUUCCGCGAGCUCUGCAAAUCCGUGAUGACCUUGAGAUCUCUGAUUGUAUGACGGCAACCGCUGUCCUGGAUAGCCUUCGAUCGGAGCGGAAGCGCAAGAUGGAAGAUGAUGAUGGCAAACCUAAGAAAAAGCAGAGGAAGACGAAGAAGAAGAUCACGUUGUUGCCAGAAUAUCAGAGCCUCAAGCUCAAAGAUGUCGAAGUUCAGAGCGACCUAUUUGAGGGGAUGAAGUUAAUGGUCGCAUCUGAUCCAAAGUCGAGAACGGGUGAUGAAGACAAGAAGGAGCUUUUAAAGCUAAUUCGUGCCAACGGAGGGAGUUUCGUCCAGAUCGCGCGAGACGAUCCUCAGGUCCUAGUAGUAUAUGGAGGGACCACGACCCCAUACGAUAUCAAGCUGAUAAAGGAUAAAGGUGUAUGUGACAUCAUCAAGCCACAAUGGAUCUUGAAUUGCUGCAACCGGGGUGAACGGGUCCCUAUGAAGAAGAAGUACUUCUUUUACGCUACCCCUGGAAGAACUCAAAAUGAGGAAUACAACAUGGAGGACGAAAGCGAGGAAGAAGAAGUCCCAUGCGGGUCCUCUGAGGUCGCUAGCGAGAUGACGCCCGAACAACAAUCUGAAAAGGGAAAGGCGGAGGAAGAGAAGCUUGACCCUACAACCGCAGAGUGGUUCCAUGUAGAAGCUGCGCCUAGUAGAUCAGAAGCAAGUUCGGAAACGGAGAUUGAGACAGAAGCCGAUUCAGACAACGAGGACGUCCACGAUGAAGAGCAAGACGUUGAUGAGGAUUGGGUUGAUGUGGAGCCGAGUGAUGUCUCUGCAAGUCAGUCCGUACAGAAAACAAGCGCAAAGCUUAAAGAUACCUCUUUAAAGGAGACCGAAGUGAAGAUGGGAGAGGACGAGAAUGCCAUGCAAUACGAUCAGGACCUCAUCUUCAAGCACCUAUGUUUCUACCUUGACUCCCCGGAGAACGCAAGAAAGCACGGCAUGGUGGUGAGGGCCAAGAACGAACAAGAAAUCAGUAGGAGUUUCGAAAAGCUAGCUGCUAUCAUCAUCGCAAACGGUGGCCGUGUUGUUGAGCUGGACGAGCCGAAGCUCACGCACGUCAUUGUGGACAAACGUGACAUCAGCCGGCGUGUAGAACUCAUCAAACGGACCUCCAAACCCAAGCGACGCCAUCUCGUCAUCGCUGAGUUCAUUCAGGCCUGCCUGGACGAGGCAACAUUGCUUGACGAGGAUGAAUUCGGUCCAUGAAUCUCCGACCCCAUGCCGUACAAUGGAAAGAAACUAUUGCCUGUCAACCUCGCAUAUAAAUCGGAAACCAGAAUGUAUUGAUAGUGAUAUUGUAUUGUACAGGUACGGUGGACGCAAUUGGAAUCAAUUCACGAUUUUUCUCGAGCGUACACUGCUUCUGGG